AUGGGUUUCUUGAAGGGCCUCUCGCAGAAGAAGCCCAAGAGCGAGGCCGUCAUCCAAGCUCAGCAAGAAGCUCCCGACUUUGAGAGGGUCGACUGGAUGAGAGACCCCGGUCUGCGAAAGCUCUACUUCUACGCAUUCGCUCUCUGCAUCGCCUCGGCAACCACCGGUUACGAUGGAAUGUUCUUCAACUCUGUCCAGAACUUCAACUCAUGGCAGGAGUUCUUUGACCACCCCAAGGGAGGUCAGCUCGGUCUUCUCAGCGCCUUCUACCAGAUCGGUAGUUUGCUUUCCAUCCCCAUAGUUCCCUGGGUGGCAGACCACUUUGGCCGAAAGAUUCCCAUCGUCAUCGGCUGCGUGAUCAUGAUUGCCGGCGCUGUCCUUCAGGGCGCUUGCCAGAACUUGGGCAUGUUUAUGGGUGGCCGUGCCCUCCUUGGAUUCGGCAACUCCUUUGCCCAGAUUGCCUCCCCGAUGUUGCUCGCUGAGCUGUGCCACCCGCAGCAUCGCGCUCGCCUGACGACGGUCUACAACUGUCUCUGGAACGUCGGUGCUCUUGUCGUCGCCUGGCUAUCUUUCGGAACCGACUUCCUGUACAACGAGUGGUCGUGGCGCAUUCCCGCUAUUGGCCAGGCCGUGCCCUCAGUCAUCCAGCUUCUCUUCAUCUUCUGGGUUCCCGAGUCCCCCCGUUACCUCAUCGCCAAGGACCGCCAUGAAGAGGCCCUCCAGAUCCUGGGCAAGUACCACGCCAACGGCAACAUCAACCACCCCACGGUCCAGUUCGAGUUCCGCGAGAUCCGCGAGACCAUCAAGCGUGAGAUCGCUGCCAAGAACACCACCAGCUACCUCGACUUCUUCCGUACCCCGGGCAACAAGUACCGCUUCAUUAUCCUUAUCUCGCUCGGUCUCUUCUCCCAGUGGUCUGGCAACGCCAUCAUCUCCAACUACACCAACAUCUUGUACAGCAACGCCGGCAUUUCCAGCUCCACGGCCAGACUCGGCCUCUCCGCCGGCCAGACCGGUCUCGCCCUGAUCGUCUCCCUGACCCUGGCCAUGCAGGUCGACCGCUUCGGCCGCCGCCCCAUCUUCCUCGCCUCCACGGGCGGCAUGCUCAUGACCUUUGUCUUCUGGACCCUCUCCGCCGGCCUGUACGAGGAGCACGGCUCCCCCGGCUCCAACUACGCCAUGAUCUUCUUCAUCUGGCUGUUCGGUUUCUUCUACUCCUUCGCCUGGUCCGGCCUGCUCAUCAGCUACUCCAUCGAGAUUCUGCCCUACAAGCUGCGUGCCAAGGGUCUCAUGAUUGUCAACCUGACCGUCCAGGCUGCUCUGACGCUCAACAAUUACGCCAACCCAUAUGCGUUCGACUACUUUACCGGCCACACCUGGAAGCUCUACCUCAUCUACACUUGCUGGAUCUUCCUCGAGCUCACCUUCGUCUACUUCUUUUACGUCGAGACAAAGGGCCCCACCCUCGAGGAGCUCGUCAAGGUCAUCGACGGCCCCGACGCCGAGGUCGCCGACCUCGACCUCGCCCAGGUCGAGCAGGAGGUCAAGAUCGGCCACGAGGCCGAGGAGAUUGAGCACAAGCGCGGUUGA